AUGAGAGCUAAGUGGAGAAAGAAGCGCGUGCGUCGUCUCAAGCGUAAGAGAAGAAAGAUGAGGGCUCGCUCAUAUGCGAUAGCCAGCAUUCGUCACCAGCGACUCAGUCCGUCUCGGCUCGCUCGAGACUUCUACAUUCACACUACGGAUUGGAACUACGGGACUUGGGGUCAUGAUUCGAACGGCGCGCAUGUCUGGAGACGCAUUGAGAAUUCGACGAAGAAUGGAAACCCCGACAAUAUGAUCGGUCGAGAUGACGAUAUGAUGAGGACGCGGUGUUUAUGGAACAAGGCCGCAGGAAGCAUGAUGUCUUGA